AUGGGCUGCUCUGAAUCUGCUCCCUUUAAAUCAUCUCUUACACUCAAAACACAAUCAACUAUAGAUACACCAUCAACUUUUGCUUAAUGUGUUGUUCCUCUCUCUCCAUCAGCAUCCUUUGACAAUUUUGACACUUAUGAGCUUGAUGAUUAAAAUAUCUCACAUUAUUAUGAUGAAAUUGAAUAGAAAGUAAUAGCCAUACCAAAAUUACAUCCCAUAGAUAAAUCAAUCAUCUUUUAAAGAAGAAAGAAGCUAUUCCUUUGA